AUGAACCAACUACCAACAGAAGAUGUGUUGUUCUUAGGUAUAAAUUACACGGAUUCUUUAAUUAUUCAUAGAAGAAAAGCGGAUAUUGUCCAUUGUCGAGGAUCUGUUCUCUUCCCUCGUCUUGAGUGAUACGAAGAUGCCUACUAAGUUUCUAAUUGAUUGGUAAGGUUUUUUAUAUUUACGCUGAUUGAUUAGCUUAAAGCCCAAAUCGGUCGUUGACAAAAUUGUUUUUGAUUUGACCUCAAUGGAUUUCAGAUCGGAUGCUUUUCUUCCACGCCUCCGAAAAGCAUACGAGUGCCUGUUGCACAGUAAUUGGAAGCCAGUUAACGUUUCUUCAGGGGAUUUCGGAACGGAAAACGGGCCAUUUUCGCCACUAAAAGUAAUUGUUCGGGCGCUGCUGAAGUGAGUGUCCAUUUAUCUCAUGAUUUCCAGAGACACAAUUGGUGGACCAUGGUUCCUUAAUACUCUUACAAAUUGCGAGAGAUUUGUCACAUUUUCAAAAUUCCGAAGGAUUAUUAUGACAACUUUGAUUUACAAAGGUACGACGUGGUCUGCUUUUGUAUUCCUCAAAUCUCAAAAGAAGUUAUAGCCGAAAGCUCCAAAUUAUUCACAAAGGUGAUAAAAUUUUCGGAAAAAAAGAUCCUAUCUCUUACAAAUAAACGCAAGUUCCUUAUUGCCGUCCUAGCCGUUUUUUCGGACGCACUAUCGCAUACCUGGCAGGAACAGUAAGUUAAUAUUUUUAGUGAUUUGUAGUAAAGAUUUUGCUUUUAUUCUGAGGUUAACAGAAAGUUCAUUAAAAUCACCGGAUUUCGUGGCCAACGGGCCGUCAUUUAAGCUAUUCUAUAGUUUUGACCGAUUUUUGCUAACAUAAAUAAUCGUUAUGUUCGAGACGAUGUUCGCGCGCUUCAUGAUGCAGACAUCACCGAAACCCAAUUACUUUAUUCGCGGUUUUAAUUUUCUCGAAAAUUUCAAGAGAGUCCAUGUGUAUGAGCUGUUGCUUUGGUUGCACCAUAUUCGCACGUGGUGUCCUCACGCUAAUUUUACAGCCGUACACAUAGAUUGUCCUCGCACUCUCAAAGCAUGACUUAGGCACUUUCUCAUAUUUUAAAAAGCACCUUUAAGGCUUCUUAAUCACCCGUUCAUGCAUACUCGGAAAUUACCCAUAGAACUUGGUGCCCUUCUAAUUAUGUUCGAGCGAAGCCGAUUAAGUGCGUCAGUGGAUUCCACUCACAGUCUACUUCAAAAUCACGUUUGAGGACUAAGAGUGCGUGCAUGGUCAGUCUCUGAGGUGCCUUAGGGUUUGAGAGUACAAAUGAAUGAUAGAACUCAGUUAUGUUCACUGAACCGUGUGGAUGGCAUUAUUCGUAAAUAAAUCGUACUUUAAUUCUCAACAAGUAUUGAUAACGUGAGGUCGUGCGAUUGAGACAUCAAGACCAGUAGACCCCCUAUAUAAGUAAGUGUAAUAUCUGCUUGAUCACGCGCCGACGAAGAGUAGCAAAACUAUGCAACUCAAGCUUAAAAGGUGUAUUUUCUUUUUUUACGGUUUAUAGUUAUUUACUUGUUUUUGUCCUCGGCUUCUUCAUCUACUACUUGGAGGUUUCCUGUCUUAUACAUUGGGGAGAUAAAAUAGUGCUAUUUUCUAGUUACGUUUUAGAGUACGCGUUGUCCAAUGCACCUACUCAGUUUGAAAUUUAAACGCGGAUUGUAGAGAACCCAACUCCAAUUUUAAUAUUGUAGUAUAUGUCUGUACAAUUCUUGUAGUCCUCAGCAUGUCUUCUGUCUUAGCUCGAGGCAGUGUAUAUAAGCGUCAUGUACUUCUUUUUCUUAAAGUGGUUUUGUCCGUUUUAAUUAUUAUUGAACCUCUUUGCGCCAUGUGGUCCAGUUGUCGCAGUAGCAGGUCGAUCGUGCACGGCUGCACUUUCUUCUUAAAUUUCUUAGGACUUAUCUUUGAACUCACUCAAGAUGUCUUCCUAAAUUCCGCAUCAUCGUAUUUUCUUGUGCACCUUUCUACUGCACGUACAUGCGACAGACGAAGACAUGUUUUUACUUAGCGAUGAGGAAACCGCUCACGUGGGCUUCAGCAAAAGUAUAAACCAAAUUGUUAUUUACUUUCGCCCAAAUAGACUUUUUGUUGUAAGAUAGACCCACACACGCGGUUUAUUGCCCCGCCAAUGUUCCUGAAUCAUGUGUUUAUUCAUGUGCCAUGCCUCCUAUUAGCCCCUUCUCAGCCACGUGCUGGCAUAGGUAUCACCAAAAUACAAACUUGUUUUUAAAUGCAAAUGUUCUAAGCAUGGCAUGGGCGAGCAGGAAUUCUAAUACUCACUAAGAAUUACCGGAUGGUGCGUGAAACCCAAAUAAGCAUAGAUGCUGUUGUUAUUCUCCAAUCUAAAAUAAUUUUCAUACGACAACUACUUCGCGCGGAAAGGUUUCGUAUAUCGUCAUAAGCACAUAUAUAAAUGGCACCUUAUUUGAAAAAUCGAUAAAAAAACUGCGGGAUCAACUUUUGGAGGUUCAUUUUUGUACCAAUUAAUCAGGUGAAAUCCUUUAGACUGUCACCUUUGCCACAGCUUUUCGACUGUCUAUAUUCGUCCAAAGGGUGCACUGACUUUGGACAGCUGUUUCUGAUAAAGUGCUCAGUCAGAAGAUGAAGAUUCGAUCGCUGAAACAAGAAAUUUAUUGGCCUGACGUUUCGGAUUCUCACUCGAAUCAAUCAUCAGAGACAUUCGCAGAUAAAGGUGAUGGUGACACCAGGAGUGCAGUAUUUAUAGCACGUGGCUGCCGUGGGCCGUAUGCGCACUGCAAUUAACCGUUCUUGCAAUCACCGCUGGGGUCGUAAUUGAUGCGGCGGUGGCUUGUCGGUCCGAGUCCGAGUCGUUACUUGCCGUGAUUUCGUCAUCCGUGCUGGAUGCUGGUGUGACGAUUGCUCGGCAAACUGGCUCACUGUCACUGUGAUAAUUGCUCACCCGCGCCCUCCCCACGUGACUAAUUCUCCUGCCCAGGGGAAAUCGCAGCACGGAAUAUGUUACCGGGAGGUCAUUGUGCUUGUUGAUUGAUUGCGGGCCUGAGAACCAUGACUCGAGCAGCUCGCGGCUCACGUGGUUGUCACCCCUUGCGAGGAUUUCGACCUCUUGAAAUUUGAAAAUAUGGCCGGGUCCCGUCGAGUGUGCCGCCACCUGAGAGUUAGCGUCUCCCCGCCUCACUGCUGCUGCGUGCUCGGCAAUUCGCAUACGGAGUAAUCUCCCAGUUUCUCCGACAUAUUUGCUUUGUCAAAAACUACACCAGAUCCGGUAAACCACUUCAGACGUUUCCUGCCGUGGCAGCGGGUCUUUUAGCCUCAUGACUUGGCGCCUAAUGGUUUCUUCCGGCCUGUGUGCAACCCCAACUCCAAGUGGAGUGAGAAGUGGAGUGCUCAUUUUAAUUCUUCUAUAAGGCUGCGCAACUGAGCUCAACUAACCCAUUUACUCGGUAUCCGAUAUGAAUUAAAAUUUUGAAGCCUUGCAUUUCGACACACCUUGUAAAGGAUGAACGGCAAACGGGCGGUCUGCGAGGUACUGAUGGCUGAUGAACAAGUCAUCUAUGGCUUGGACUUGCCAACUUUUUGCUCAUAGUGGAUAUCUUCAUUUCUCAUCAGUUGUUGCACGGCAUAAUAAAAUAUGUUAGGGCUAAAAAAUCAGUUUUGACUCCUCAUUAUAUUUUUUCUCGUUCUGUUAACGAUACUCGGCUGCGAUGUACUUUACGGAAUAAAGUGUUCCAUCAAUUUUUUUGAAUAGUUUAACCGCACGUUAUUGGUAUUUUGUCUUUAUUCAAAGUCUUCAUCUGGGUUGCAAUGGUGAUAACCCCUCCAGACGCUCUAUAUAAUCCAAACUGUCCACUCUUCGAGCACUGGUUCGUAGUAAAAAAAGAACUUCUUUAUUGAGGGCUACUGUUGUUUAUAUUAUCGCCAGCUGCUACGUUAAAUUAUGAGACUCAACAAAUUAAUAUUUUUUAGUUUUGCAAGUGCCUACAAAAAGUACUUCGGUCAAUAUGUUUUAUUCAUCCUGAUUAGAAGCGGUAUGCUAAGCAAACUGGAGACAACAAAAUUUCGAAAACCCCUCUUCAAACUACAACGGAUGUCGCUGGUUUUUAGGAACCGUAAAAAGCUUACCAGCGGGCCCAAUUUUUCUUUAAUUCCGUGGUCUCACACACGGAACAGAGAAAGCUCGCGCUUUUAUUGUUAACUUGCCCUGGUUGUGAUGUGGCUAUUCAGUGUGAUCUACACUGUACACUUGUAACAAGUUAAAAACGCGAUGUUCACGAGCAAUUGGCUUGUUAGCGAUAGCUGAUUAUUUUGCGGGCCUUAAUUUUGAACCCCAUUUAACAAUUAUUGUCUCCUCAUACCGUCGUCCUAUUUUGUUAUCAUUUUAGCUUGCUUUCAUCGGGUGUUGCGUAUUUUAUUCAUCUCCUUAAGUUUACUCUCAAGUCUGUGGUUGCUUUAGACUCCAUAAAAACUUAAAAAACUACAUUUUCCUUAUUUAUUCAACCUUUUUUCAGUCUUCUCAAGGUUGCUCAGUCCAUCAAACUCUAAACAGAACAAUUCUGCGUUAGUCUUUUCCUAUUAACUCCAUCAUUUUACAAUUUACUUGCUAGCUUCUAAUCAGGAUUAGUUUCUGACUGGUAGUCGAAGACUACUUGAGAUGACAGACCUCAGAUAAGAAAUAAGAUUUCGUAUCAUAUCCGCCCAUAUGUGUAAUUGCUCCCCGAGCUCACUUGUACCGCUGAAGAAAUUUAGUCGUGUUACGCUCUUCGCACAUACCUUCGUCUCGCUGUUUUGCUUCAAAAGUCGAUUUAUUCGGGAAAGGGAUGUGAACUGAGAUCGUUAGUUAUUUUUAUAUAUCGUGAAGUGGCCAGACCCGCAUGUUAGCGGUAGAGUCAGUAGCUACAGUAAGUGACCGAUCUCAUGAAAUUUUGGCUGAAAUUCUGAAAUGCGUUUUCGAUUAGGAAGGAUUACUUGGUCGCGGUUGUGAUACUGAUUAUCCUAAGGCAUAGUCUUAUAACAUUUCGGACUCGGCAGGAUGUCGGCUUUUAAAUGCACUUCUUUUCAAUCGCUUGUAGAAAACUUGCUUGGUAAAAAAUGACUAUUUAAGUAGCAUGCAUUUUUCCCACUGAUUUUUGAUGGUCUUGGAAAUUCACAUAUAUUUUAUAGAAACCAUGAACAAAAAUAUGCUUUAUUUUAGUCAAUCAAUAGAGAAUUACGUCUUCUUUAUAUUUUAUAUUUAAAGAAGGAGUAUAAUUAGGUUUUAAAAAGUUUCUAAUUAUGAGACUUUUUAAGACCGCGAAAUGUCCAUUAACAUAGCAACGUACCUGGCCGUUUACCACUGCUCCUCAUGAAAUGUACAACAUGAUCCGCAUCCAUUGCAAAAUUUUAUGGACUCUGUAGGAUAUCUCUUUAAUGGCAUAGAAAAUAUGUUAUUUUCUUUACGAGGAACGCAUGCACCUUGUAGACUGAAAUCACUAAGCGCUAAUGCAACGAAUGAUCAGGCUCCAAAUUAUUCGGAAAUUAUAAAACUUUUUUGAAACCCCCUUAAGUAUAAAAUAAAAAGAAGACGUGAUUCUCUAUUGCUUGCCUAAAAGAAAGCAUAUUUUUGUUCAUGGUUUUUAUAACAUAUAUUUGAAUUUCCAAGACCAUCAAAAAUCAAUGGGAAAAAUGCAUGCUACUUAAAUAGUCAUUUUUACCAAGCACGCUUUCUACAAGCGAUUGAGAAGAAGUGCAUUUAAAAGCCGACAUCCUGCCGAGUCCGAAAUGUUAUAAGACAAUGCCUUAGGAUAAUCAGUAUCACAACCGCGACCAAGUAAUCCUUCCUAAUCGAAAACGCAUUUCAGGAUUUCAGCCAACAUUUCAUCAGAUCGGUCACUCACUGCAUAUUUUAGCGCUUGGAACGCUCAAAAACUUCUAAGCUUUUAGAUUGGUCUUGUGCAAAGUACAUAGUAUUUCUAAAGCGAACGUGCGACUUUGAAUAUGAGCUAUAUGCAGGCAUACCGUGAAUGGGCCAUAAAAUAAUCAUCGUAAUAUUAUUUCUGUGGCCAAUAUUUAUAUUUCAUUUUGUUGGAAAGGCAUUGACUGAUCGGGUUGCUGGGCCCGCCCAUUCCGUUAGGCUUUCGGACUCGGUCUAGAGCCCCGCAGGCGGUUACAGUGCAGCUACUAUAGGCAGAAAAUUGCCCACAAAGACAAGGGAGACUGAAAUGGCAAUUCCUGGCUUACUACUUGUCUCUGUCAGCAAUCACCUGUCUAUAUCGUUUGUCGUCCCCCUAGAAGGAGGCCACGCGUUAGAUUCCUUGGACCAUCACGUGAGGGAUCGGACGGUGUCCGCCAGGCGUUAUCUGCAAUGCGAACCCCUAACAUCGGAGUUGUGGCUGCAGGUCCGGGUACAGGCACGUCCCAUGUCAGUUGGGAUCUGUGCCGCCCACUAUUUUUGUUGUAAUACAUAGCCCUGGUCAGUGUACAUUGCGGACCAGAGGUUUUGAGGGCACGCCUAGGUGCGGGUUUUCACCGUACUAGCCGUCUGCGUCCUCUCUCACCUCCAGUCAUCUUGACUUUAUCAUGAUACCAGAUCCAGAUGGUGGCGGGGGAGAAUGUGCGGUAGAUGUUGCCCAAGUCCACUAUUACUAUAAACUACUUCACGCGUAAGUCACCGUGCCUGCUCUCGCCCUUUUGUGGAGCACACAGUGGGCAUCGUCGGAAUCGACGGCCGAACUGUAAUAUUGUUUGUCACUCUGUGACUGCCUUCGGAGUUCUUGAUCAAGUCCCAUAGCACAACCGGACGAGCGGGUCCCCUAAACCGUUCGUUAAUGCCUUUCCAAUAAGGUUAAUAUUUACGAUCACGACCAAUGGGACAGCGGGCCUGUGGCCCAACAGUAGAGCGUUCGAUCCAGUGGCCAAAUAUCCUAGGUCGGAAUUCAAUGUGUGGCAGAUCUGGAUUUGAACAUGGCCGUCUUAUGACGGCUGACAAUCCAGAAACGUCCUUUCCAUCUUCUCUUGCCUUUGUCAGUGAUCUGCUUCUGCAUAUUUCAUUUACGUGUUUUCAGAUAAUAACAAGUGCCGUCAUUAGAGAAAUAUGGUGCUCUAUACUAUGACCUCGGAGUGUGAAGUCUAAAAGCCGUGAGAAGAACUUGCUGCUCUAUGUGAAAAGUGCACUUCUUUCAAGAACUCCGUUUACAUUGAGAUCAGAGGCUUCAGAUGUCUUGGAUUCAGAGCUGCAAUCCAGGAGUCUGCUAGUCAAAAAAGACACUACUACCCCAGUACCCGAGAUAUUUGAAGAGACUUGGUGCGAUUCACAGUCACUGAGCCACGCAUAUAGUAAUUCGCAUAAUUCAAUAAGUACAACCGUUCGAGCAUGCCUAAAGUAUUGAGGCAGUUCAAACACUGAGUUGGAUCCCUUUUAACCAACGGCUUUCCAAGGACAACUCCAAAAAUUUCCAGGUGGAGAUUGCUGGGUCAGUCGUCUCUUGGCCGUUCUGUUGUAAUCCUCCCUUAAGGAUUGCUUUUUUGAGGUUCUUCUAACACUGUAUUGAGCGAAUAGCUUUCUUGAAAUGACAAUAAAGCCAUGUUCGUAGGCUCGAUUCACGGAAUUCAUCAACAGCAACCAACGGACGUUUUUGAGUAUACAUCUCUUAGCAGUCCCUUUUCGUUGUAUUAUCCUGCUCUUCUCCCUUCCAGAAUCGCUGCGAGACAUUCUAUUUUACCUAGGGAAGAUUACAUGUACGGGCUCUGAGGCAAUGUUAUUUAAGGAGCAUGCUGCCCGCUUGUUCAAUACCGAUGGCCUAAAAGAGAAUUGUCGAUAGUCCACACGUUUUAAACCUUCUGAGUGUUUCCAAUCAGAGAUGGCCAAAGUAAGCAGGCGACGUUCCGUGCUAUGUCCUCUUUUUAGAAGUGAUUCCGUUCUGCCUUGGCACACCGGGUCCGACCCCCACGCAGGCGAUUAA